GUGUCUGAAUGUUUGCGCACACCUUCCGCAGACAUGGCUGAAAACGCAGUGACAUUGACAGUUGCACAUGGAACCACCAAACAUAACAUCGAAGUGAGAGGACGAGAGAGUAAUGAGCCACUACUGAAUGAUUUGGCGGAAGCUAUUGCUCAGGUCACUGGCGUACCUCUUACAUCACAAAAACUUAUCUUUAAAGGCAAGUCUCUAAGGGAGAUGGAACAGCCUUUAUCAAGUUUUGGUGUGAAACAAGGUUGUAAAGUCAUGAUGAUUGGAAAAAGGAAUAGCCCGGAGGAAGAGGCAGAACUGAGGAUAUUGAAGGAUCUAGAGAAGUCAGUAGAUCAGACGUCCAAGAAACUGGAAAAAGUUGAUGGUGAGCUAACAGGUUUAAAGAAUGGUUUCUUAGCAAAGCACCUUCAGGCUGAAGCUUUAAACAGGCUAGAUCAGCGAGUUAAGGUGGCAGCUGAACAGUUUAUGAAAAUCCUUGAACAGAUGGAUGCCAUGAGUUUGCCUGAAAAUUUUAGUGACUGCAGAAUGAAGAAGAAAGCUUUGAUUAAAACUGUUCAGGCCUGCCUUGCUCAGUGUGAUAAGAUAGAAGCAGGCAUUUCAGAUCAUCUUGCAAAACUGCAAUCAAAGAACUUGGCGCUGUGUGAAUAGGAAAAGACCUUUCCUAGUAAUCUACAGUACAUUGCUCUGUGAGCAAUAUAAACCAUAUACAGAGGUCCUUCUGGUAGAGCAGGUUAUUUAUCUGUAGUAAAUGAUAAAUGUAAGUGAUUUUUAUGGACACCAAUAAAUAUUAUUCCUGUGUUGA